CAUCCCAACUCACAACCCGCAGCUCAAGUACAGCUUCUGCAAUCUACAGAGAGCCUAAGCAUCCACACUCUAUCAUCUCAUCACCUCUCCAAAUCACCAUCAGCACAGCUACCAGAUGGCUCUCCUCGCCGUCGCCGCCGCCAUCAUCGCCCUCCUCGCCGUCGCCGCCGCCGCGCAGGGCCCCAUGCCGGCACCCAGGAUGGCCCCGCUCCCCGCACCUCCGGCAAGGUCUCCAACCAAUGCUCCUGCGCCGCUCGCCACCCCGCCCACCGCCGCGUCGCCGUCCCCGAUGGCCUCUCCCCCGGCCCCGCCCACCGACGCACCGACCGAUGCUCCCUCUGCGAUGACGCCGUCCGCGGUCUCCGCGACGCCCUCCGGCGCCCCCAGCGGUGCCCCCACAGGCACUCCCGCAAACUCUGCCGUGUACUCAUCCGCCGCCAGCUUCGUCGCAGUGGCCGGAGCGGUCGCCGCCGCCAUCGUUUUCUAGAUGCAGCGACGACUAUGCUACUCUGCUUGGUGUUGUAUAAAAUUCUUUCAUUUGUUACUUCUUAUUGCCCUGUAACAGAUGUGAAUUUUCCUUUUCAGCUUAGUUUCUGAUAUACUGCAGGCUACAAAUUCAAUUCAGCAUAAUUCUUACCA